CUUAUUUUUUGGUCCAAACCUCGAGGCUUGUGGUAUCUUAGUUCCCCAACCAGGGAUCGAACCCAGGUUCCCUGCAGUGGAAGCAAGGAGUGCUAACCACCAGACCACCAAGGAAGUCCCAAUACCCGUGUUCUUAAUGAAUUAAAGAGAUGUGAUAGUUAUGACUUUGGUCUUCUCAGUGGGGCUUCUACAGGCUCAAGGACUCAAAUAACUUGGCAAAAUGACUGCUACCCCUCCCUUUCUCCUUGGGAAAGUCAGGGACAGCACGCCUGAAGGCCAGGGAAGUGAUACUCCACGCUUACCGAGCUCUCACAGGGCACCAGGGCUCCUGUAGCAUUCCACGUGUUCAACACAUUCUUGUCAUCAUCACACCAGAUCCUCAGACCAGCUGGAAGAGGUAGGAGAGUAACUGUGCUCACUCUCAACAACUGUGAGUUGUUCUUUGCUUGACAGAUGAGCUCGCUGAGCUGGGAGAGUGAGGUGGGGCUUCCUCCUACUCCCUGCACCAGGACUGAGCUGCCCCGGUCUCUCAGCUCCUAGCCUGGCAUCCCUUCUACCAGCCCAGUAGGCAUUCCCCCAACACAAGGCCCUGUGGAGGCCAAGGGCAUCACCCCGGUCCUUGAUCCUGGGAAACGGAGCAUGUAAGUGUGCUUUCUUUAUGGAUUCACUUCACUGACCAAGAGCACAUCGCAUUACUUUCAAAUAUAAGGGAGCCUCUCGUCUUCUCAAAGGAAUCCCAAAUCUCCCUUCUGAAGAGUCUUCCCGCAGAGAUGGCGCCGAGCAGGAAGGUGUUUUAUUUUGUCUUGGCCUUUUUCUUCCUGUUGUGUUGUUUCCCUGCAUUGGUUUUCAUAUUCAAAAUGUGCUUUGUUUUGAAUUUAGGGUGCCAGGCAGGACUCCAGUAUUCCCAGCCACUCUCAGCAGGUGGUAUGUCGCCCUGUGAGCCGUGCUGGCUCGGUCGGGGCAGAUGCAGGAAGAUGUGCAAUGAGGACGAGAAGAUUGUCGGAAAUUGCAAAGUGAACUUUUUCUGUUGCCGACGGAGGAUCAUGUAAGCCACACCAGCUCUCUUCGGAAAUGGGACUGGAUGUUCAAGGAAGGUGGA